CUUCGGCUCUCGAAAGAGUGGCUAUACUUGGGAUAAAUUUUGGAAUUGCUUUGCCUUUGGUGGAGCUUAAAUUAGUUUUGGCGUUAAAAAUGUAUAGCUUUAUUUUAAAAUGUUCAAUUAAGCGAAUUAUUAAAAGUGUCACACCAUGUUUUUUAUGUAUCCGUCAAGAAUUUAAAAUUAAAAAGGUUUUUCUUCGUUUUGCUGGCGAUGCCAUUAAAUGGCCAACAAUUAUUCCUUUAGUUGGGGCUGCACAUAUGAUAAUGGAAAGAGAUGCAUUAAAUAUAUUACAAGUUGUAGAAAUAUUAAAAAUAAUUCGUAACGAUUUGCCUAAUUCGGAAUUAGUACCUUUUAAUUCUUCAUAUGAAUAUUGUGUUUGGAGAACAAAUAGUGAAUUAGCAAUAAAUGGAGGGUGGAAAUGCCCCAGUGAAUUUAUUACAAAUGUUUUUGCUAAUAAACCUGAAGACUUUGAAAAUGUUACUUAUGGAUUGUCUGAAUGUGCACUCCAAAGAGCCGAUGCUGCUCAAAAACGAUGCCGCGAAGAUAAGGAAUUUAAUCGUUUUACUGUAGAAUCAGCCAUUUAUACAAGAAGUGCUGCUGAAGCAGAUGGACUUGAUCCAAGAAAUUCUCCAAAUCUUCGUGUUUAUCCUUCUGAUGUAGCUAUGCAAGAAACUUUCCAUCAAUUACGUUCUGCAGAAUGGAAAAUGAUGAGCGAAGUUGGAGGAACAAUGGCACUUUAUUUGGGUUUUACAUUAAUGGGGUUACUUGAAGCAAUUGUUUUCUUAACUGUUGAACAUGUUAGAAAUGUAGCUAGACAAUUAGAUGAAGAAAGUCAAUUAGCCAGAAAGAAUCCUCCAAUAAAGAAAUUAUUUAAUCAAAAUUUAUUUAAAAAAUUAUUUGGAAAGAAAAAAUGA